AUGCCAACAAUGGUGGAUGUAUCAGAUAAAAUUAUAACAAAGAGGACUGCACAUGCAAGAUCAACUAUUGAGUUCCCACCCCAUGUAUUAAAAGAAUUAUUAAAUGUUGAAAACUCAGAUGGUGGUAUUAAAGGUGAAGAAAUUGUAUCGAAAAAAGGACCAGUUUUUGCGACAUCAAUCGUAGCAGGUACAAUGGCUGUUAAAAACACAUGGAAUUUAAUUCCAUUUUGCCACCCAAUCGCAAUUGAAUCAUGUAAAAUUAAUAUAAAGAUUAUGGACUCCACCAAUGUACAGGUAGAUUGCAUAGUAUCAUUACACCACAAAACCGGUGUUGAAAUGGAGGCUCUCACUGGUGCCUCCGUUGCAAGUUUGUGUAUCUAUGAUAUGUGCAAAGCUCUUUCAAAAGAUAUUAUAAUUAAAGAAACUAAACUAAUUUCAAAAACUGGAGGUAAAUCCUCACAAAUCCAUAGUGAUAGCAGUGCUACCACAAAUAAAAACAUUUAA